AAUAAGAUUUAAUUAAAUUGAAAAAAUUAAUUAUCAACCGAGGCCUUCACGUGGUCUUCCUCCCUUUGAUGGAUCAAGCCCACAUGAUCCCAAUGACAGACAUGGCGAGGCUGCAGCUUAAUUGGGUCUUCAAAUCCAAACCAUGGAAUUCCCCUGUGCCGAGGCUGCCGGAAGGUUGCGAGAAUGCCAUCAAGUCCCCUGACCUCAUGAUCCUGUUCUUCAAGUCCAUGGCCAUCUUGCAGCGACCCUUCGACGAUCUCCUCCGGCUGUGGCGGCGAUUAAUUCGUCGCCAACACAUGGUCUUUGCUGGGCUACAGAAACCGCCGGCAAACUCUGCAUUCUGGGCUCUUCUUCAACGGAACACGAUCAUUCACCGUAUCUUCACUUCAUACCUCAAACUCCACGAGCCUUACAAAGGCGUGAAAUCUGCUUCCGAUUCCGAACCCUUUUUUCUCUCUGGCUUUCUGCACGAAAUCCAAUUGACCAAGAUACAGCUCCCGCCUUUCCUGAAAGGCGAUGAAUCUGAUAUCGGUAUUAGAGAACUGCGAGAGCAGAUGGAGGAAUUGAAGGUCAACAGCUUUGGUGUCGUGGUGAAUAGCUUUCCACUGUCGCCGCCAUAGAUGAACAUGACCAUGGACCCGAUUCAGUUCUGUACAUGUGCUUUGGGAGCAUAUCUGCCAUUUCGAAUGCUCAGUUGUGUGAGAUUGCUGGUGCUCUGGAGGCGUCGGAGGAUAGCUUCAUCUGGGUUGUGAAAAGGGGGAAUUCUGACGAAGCAAAGAUGCAGAAGAGUAAUAGGGGCUAAAUCAACGAGGCCUCUGCAAUUUAUUUCUCCGGCUAAUAAUUAAUUUUGGUAAUUUAUUAAUUUUUAUUAUAUAAUUAAUAUGAUAAAUAUAAGUGAAAUGA